UUUUCAAAUCUCCUCUUUAAAGUCCUUUAACUCAAGACAACAACUCAGAGCGGAUCCAUUAAGCGCAAUCCAUCAGCAUGAAGGUUCAACUUGCCACUAUCCUCAUCGGCCUCUGCGGCGCUACCCUUGCGGCGCCCACCCACGUCCAGCAGGAGAAACGGCUGUGGCCAUUCCACUUCCCCGGAGAGGACCACGAGUCAGGAGCAGAGCCAUCGCUGCCUUUGCCAUGCUAUCCUUUCCCAAACGAGUCCGACGAUCCAACCGGAAGCGACUUUCCCCGGUUCUUCCCAAGGCCCCCAUUUGAUGAAAGAUGUGGUGAAUCUCCUCUAGACAGCAUGAGUGAGGGCGAAGACUCUCCCCUAGGCACUAUCUCUAAUGAUGGAGAAGGGCUUCCUUGGCAGCUGUCUGGUGAGGAUGAGCAGGACAACGAGUCCCAAGGCCUGAUGGGAGGGGGGAAGUUGGGAAUGGAGGAAGAGAACGACAUUGGAGGGAAUGACAACGAGAUCUGA